ACGAACGCCAGCCGGGCCACCAAGGCUGUGUGUGGCUCAGAUAUGCAGAUCUGAUGUUUGUUGGUCGCUGCAAGAUCUUAUUUCCCUUUUCGGUUAUGCGAUGAUUCGGAUCACACUACGUAAAAUUGCUUUUCGAGAGACGCUACGAGACGAACUGCUGGCGUCCGUUCCCGCAGCGACAGUCCAGCCACAGAACCACAAGGCAAGUCCGAUGAGCCAAGCCAGCGUUUCUUCUUGAAAGCUCAGGAGCUGUAUGAGCGAAGCCGGACCUUUCGGGUCCCUUCGAUAGGAGCUGGACCGCAGUUAUGUUCCCGCUCAACAACUGUCACCGCUGUCCUCCCGUCUUCGAAUACUCCUAGCAGUUGUUCGUGUCAACCUGCACCACCAUGACGUUGCUUUGUGAACGCCGUUUGCCCGCAACCGCCCACAGCUACGUGAUGAGGCUGAUCGUAGUCUUGCUGCUGACCAUAUCGCAGGUCUCGGCCGGCGAAUACUCGGUGAUAAUGGCUGAAGCGGACAAUUCAGUGCAUCAGUUUUGUAUGGUGUAUUUCUCGGAAUUCAAGGAAUUGCCAGAGAGUCCAGAAAGAAUGCCCUACAUCCAAAUGGUCAACCUAACAUCUCAGGAUGGCUGCAAGAAACUGCAGUCUAUUAAUCUGCACGGCAAAGUUGCACUAAUAAAGGACAGCGGCAACUGCACGCUAGACAAGGUUGUUCUUCACUACAAGGCUGCACAGGCCUAUGGCAUUGUCAUUUCGACGCAGAAGAGUAGAGUGGACAACAUUAUCAUCAACAGAAAUGACACACGCAACCUGGAUAUUGUUGUGGGAUUUGUUACAGACAUCACUGGAAACAGCUUGCUGAGCCUAAUGAAGCCCAAGGAACCCUUGCUCACGAAGCUGUUUACCAAAAAAAGCCUGGCAUUCGAUUAUAGCCUGAUCAUAAUCUGGCUGGUAGCUGUGUUCACCCUCGGCGUUGGCUCCUAUUGGUCAGGACUGGUCAAACACGAGAUCUACCAGCACGAGAUUGGCAAAUGCUCGCAUACCAGCCACGCCGGAGCUGAAGGCGAGGAGAGCUCAUUGCCAAAGUCUGAGAAUGUACUCGAGGAAGAGAGCUCGCUGGAUGUCUCACCCGUGCUGGUUACGCUCUUUGUCAUCUGCAUGGGCGUCAUGCUGCUUCUGCUCUACUUCUUCUUCCAGUACCUGGUGUUCUUCAUCAUCGGCAUGUUCGCCUUGGCAUCUGUGGUGUCUGUCAUUGGUGUGCUCGAACCUUUAAUCUACAAAAUUCCAGUUGGGACAACAAGGAUCCCCCGCAAUGUGUGCCCAUGUUUCCAUGGCCCCCUGGAGGUGCGUCAGCUGGCACUCAUUGUGUUUGCCAUCUCGGUGUCAGUGACCUGGGUCGUGCUGCGGCACCACCCGCAGUCGUGGAUUCUACAGGACCUGCUGGGCGUCGCCUUCAGCAUCAACAUGCUCAAGACCCUGCGCCUGCCAAACCUCAUGAUCUGCAGCGUGCUCUUGGUGUUGCUUUUCUUCUACGACAUCUUCUUUGUUUUCGUCACUCCAUUCUUGACUAUGAAGGGCGAGAGCGUCAUGGUGGAUGUGGCCACAAGAGGCCUGGAGCAGCUGCCAACGAAAGGCGAGAGCAUCAUGGUUGAAGUGGCUAAAGGAGGCAACACCCAGGAGCAGCUGCCCAUGGUGCUGAGGGUGCCCCACUUCAACAACGAGUCGCUGUCGGUCUGCUUCGGCCAGUUCUCAUUGCUGGGCUUUGGGGACAUUCUUGUUCCAGGCCUCCUGGUUGCCUACUGCCAUGGUUUUGACCUGCUGACUACAAGAAGCCGUCUGUAUUUCCUCACUGGCACGCUGUUUUAUGGCAUGGGGCUUGUGCUGACAUUCAUCGCACUGUACUUGAUGCGAACUCCCCAGCCUGCGUUACUGUACCUCGUGCCAGCCACGCUCCUGCCAACCAUCGGCAUAGCAUGGUGUAGAGGGCAGCUAGCCGACAUCUGGCACGGUGUCAAGCCUGUGCCACUAGCGCUGACUGGGCAGACUGUUCCUCCCACCACGGUCGUGCCGCCAAGGGCGGUUAGCAGCGCAGAUGCCUCGCAAGCCCCGUCAACUCCCACUAGUUGCCACGGGACCAUAAACUCGUCAAGCCGGCCGGGUACACCACCGCCGCUCGCGAGUCCUCAACAUGUUCCGGCGUCGCAGCUGGGUGGUUCCCCAUACGCUCAGCCAAGGAUGUCUCCACCACCGAGCCCCGGUUCUGGGGGAAGGGUCUCUCCAGGCCGUACUUCAAACGCUCAUUCGAGCAAUCGCGUUCCAAGCACGCUACCGCAGGCCAACACCCCUCUCCUCAGUCCAGCGCAGUAUCCUAACCCUGGGACUCAAAGCCAGUACUGGGUUGGUGCUCAAGAACACUUUGGCAAUUCUUUCCCUGCUGAAACGACACAGAGGUAGUAGCCACUCAUGGCCUCUGCUGUUCAGUACGAGGGACUGUACCUGGGAGUUCUUGUUGUGAUGCUUUUACCAUUUUUAUGUUAUAUCUUUUCUUUUUGUACUCUGUGGCCACUCUGCAACCAUCUGAUUAGCUGCAGUUCUGAGCUUCUUCCGUUGGCAGGAACGCCUUAGAAAGGCUAGCUAGUGUAUGACUCUCCUUUCGUGCAUAACCCUUCUUUUGUGCACUGUCUGUCCACUUAUUGGACAGUUACCAUGUAGCAAAUUCUGUGAGCUGCACUGAUGGUAGGCCGUGUUGCACGUGCUGGGCCGCCUGCUUCGGUGCGUUGACGUAAAUGACAGCGAUGUAUUGUACAUUUCUGAAUAUGCAGCACUAAAUUCCUUCCAAUCACCAGAAAAGCAAAGCGGUUUACUUUUUGGCUUGUCACCCCUGUUGUAGCAGAACCCCAAUUGACUGUACAGUCUGCUGGCUCAGACAGCUGAACAAAGAGGAAUGUGGAAUGGGCGGGACAAUAACCCAAGCCAACGGGACAUGCAGCCACUGCUAUUCAAGAUCGAUGGCUUAGUGCGAGAACCGAACAGUGCAAACAACUCGGGGUUUUGUAAAGGCCGUUGGUAAUCGUGCACGUGUGUCAAGAGCGGGGAGGAAUACUGUAAGAACAUAUGAAGCAUGAAUGAAGUUAUCAGUUGUCAACGUACACAAAGUUUUUUGUCAUGCAGGGAAGGUUAAAUUUUCGACAAGCUUUUUGUUGUCUUGUUUCUUGUUGUCACAACACUGUGCCACUUGCACAAUUGUUCAAUUUCCCCUUGUGGUUUGCUCUGUUUCAGUUCCUUUUGUGCCUCUCAGCAAUUUUCCCAAGUUUUCAGUUGGCCAAUGUUUUUUGGAUGGUGCUACUGUCUUCAGCCUUUGGUACGGCCUCUAUUUGGAGGCACAGUCUUUGUUAAAAAAUAUGGAUUUCAGCACAAGUUCAAAUGUUCACUCGUGUUAACCUCAAGUUUUCACAAACCACUCGAGGCAUGUUAACCCACAAAAACAACUCUGGUCAGAUUCUUGAAGCAUCUCUCUUCCCUGAAGCUGCUUCCCACUCCUUCCUAUUUCUUACAAUUAAUUUUUUUUUCUGUUAAGGCCAGUGUCGCCUAGGUGCCUUUGGUGUGCUCUCUGUCCUCAAACUCUCCUUGGGAGCUGCACGUGAACAGAAUGGCUCUUUUUUUCUCUUUAUUUUUUUUUCACAAGUCACAAGCUGUCUUUGUGUAGAGUAUGCAGCCAACUUUGCAUAAUGUGGCAGUUAUUACAGCUCCAUGCUUCCAAUCAUGACAGUAAAUGUUCCUGAGCUGUAAAUCUUCCCUUGUAUUUUGUUUAAUGUUUAAGGGAAAUUCUACUGGUCACUCUUGAAGUAGCUGGUGAGGAUCAAAACUUCUGUGUUUUUCUUGAACCCGCAUUGUCGUCAAAUCGUAUGCACACUGAAAAAUAUUACACCACAGGACCUUUCGUGCAAUCGUUGUUGCAAAACUUUCAUGUUGUAAGCAUGACACUGUGUUUGCUAAAACGUCGUCCAAACUAAUUCUUCGCUCUUUUUAAAAAGUUGAACUGUUGUCAUCAAGCGUAGCACGAUCACUGCGUACCCAUGUGUGCGGGUUGUAUCCUAAAAGAUGACUUGCACAAGGAAAUGAACCCGUUUAAUGUCGAUGUGUGUAUCAGAAGACAAGUCAAGUUACACUCCGCGCUUCCCUCUCCCCAAACUCUAUGUAUCACUCUUUGCAAGCAACGAGCUAUUUGCUACAAAAGCCGGUUUUCCCGAAUAACAAUGAGAACAAGCUGCAUCACUUCUUCAAGGUUGACCGGGAGGGUUUCUUCAUGUUUGUUUUCUCAGACCAUUCGCAAAGCCUCAUAGAGGAUUGUGUCGUACUAAUCACUCUUUUGUUUCUCUUGUAGUGCACAUUUUUUUGUGCUGUAUGUGAUGAAAUUUAUCAUUAAAAGUGCUGUAUUCAUUUUGAGUGAACAUGUGCCCACUGCUGGCAGUUGUGUCUAUUGAUGUACGUAUAAUGCAUUCGUAAGCAGUUCUCAAGUAACCACUUUGAAUCACCUUGACGAUGAACUUUCGAAUUCUAGAAUACUUCUUUCUAAAAAUGACAGCAACAGAUCUGUGUAAAUAAAACAUUUCAAAGGUCAUUUCAAAGUCACACACUUGCCCUAUGGGACGAUUAACCUGUGUUGCUUAUCUGCGUGUGUUUAUAUCUGUGCCACUGAAUGGAAUGAGUAGAGUUUGUGAUGGGUGCCUCAGGUGUUUGCUUACUGUGAUUCCUCGUUAAACAAGUUACAAUACAAGGUCGCAUUUUGAGGUUAAAAAUGAACACGUUUUCUUUGUAUAUGUGUGCCAAGUAUUCCUAUUUUCUGAUACUAGUAAUCUGAUAAUGAUGACUGUGGCAUAUACACAAAUUUUAGUGUGUAAAAUAUGCAUACGUGCAAGUCAUGGAAUUUUUAUAUGUGAAAAUACGCCAUUAGAGCAAAGCUUUGGUUAAAGUUACACAAUAAACUGGUCUAAAGCUUUU